UCCACUAGUCUUAGUGACGGAAAGGAUUACUUUUAAUGUUUCAUCUAUCCUGUUUUGCUGGGAGGCUAACCUCUUCAUUCCAAAGAACGAUGAGUUCAUCGCUCAAGCCUAUUGUUAUUUUUGUUCUUGGAGGUCCAGGCGCUGGAAAAGGAACGCAGUGCUCAAAAAUCGUUGAGAAAUUUGGAUACAUUCAUUUAUCAGCAGGUGACUUGUUAAGGGAGGAAAGAAACAGUGGCUCAGAGAAUGGGGAUCUUAUAGAUUCUUGUAUUAAAGAAGGAAAGAUUGUCCCUGUAGAAAUUACCAUAAGUUUGAUUGAAAAGGCAAUGAAUAAAAGUGGUGAGAAAAAAUUCCUUAUAGAUGGAUUUCCUAGAAAUGAGGAUAACCUUCAAGGCUGGAACAGAGUAAUGGAAGGAAAAGCUGAUGUCAAAUGUGUCUUAGUCUUUGAAUGUUCAGAAGAUGAAUGCAUCAGAAGAAUAUUGGAGAGGGGUAAAUCCAGCGGACGAGCAGAUGACAAUAUAGAGAGUCUUAGAAAGAGAUUCAACACACAUGAAACACAGACAAUGCCAAUAAUAGAACAUUAUGAAAAACUAGGACUUGUCAAAAAGAUCCAAGCAAUUAAGUCACCCAGUGAGGUAUUUGAGGAAGUUCAAAAUGUGCUUACAAGCCUUGGUUAAUGAAGAAUACAAGUUCAUUUGGACUUUUGAUGAAAAACUGUCCAGAGUACAUAGAAGUAUAGUUUUAUUAUAUUGUGUAGGUACAUCAAGAGGCUUCCUGUAGUGUUAACCAUCACUAGUCACAAACAUGUAGAGACUAUUUUUAAUCAACUGCAUGUUACAGUUAGGAAUGCAUUGUUUCACAGAAUAUUCAUUUCUGUAGCAAUGAAUGUAACUGGACAUUUCUAAAGGGUUAGCAUUUGAAAAAUGAGAGAAAAGAACUAAAUUGUAUAAAAACUGUGAUAAAAAAAAAAGUAUUGUUAAUGCUUGAAUUUCCCAGAAGCCACCAUUUUGGCUUGUAUGAGGGUAUGUGGUUGUCCCUGUUAUCAUCAGACAGGAGCUCUUUUUGGCAGACAAGUCCCAGGAAAGAACAUGCAGAUAAUGAUGACAACUAUUAUACCUUGUACAUUCAACAUGGUGACACACACAGAAUUCCAGAUUAAAACUGCCAAUAUCUGUUUUCAUUUUUUUUGCACUAAGUACAAAAAUUACAAUGUAUCCUCAUUUUGAACAUCUCAAAAACUCAGAUCAAAUGUCUCAAAAACUGGAUUUGAUCUUGGAAGUUUUUCAGAAUUGAGGUUUGAGAAUUGAGUAUUGAGGCUCAAGUUUUGAGGGACUGUCAACUUACUUUUUAGCAGUACCGCACUUUAUUCUCAUUUAUGACAACAAAAGACGGCAUUGUGGUUGCAGGGGCACAUUUGCCUAAGAAAGAUUAGUGCAGCAAAACAGACACACAAACUUAACGAGUUAUGAAUUCAUGUAGCAUUCUAUUUUAAUGAUUAUUGUACCAUGUAAAUUGACAAGAGGUGAAAGGUUAAGAUUUACACAUAGCUAUAAAAUUUAAUCAACACUUAAUGCAGAAAAUUUUGAAAGUCAAUGCUCAGUGCUCAAUCAAUGUUUUGGAGCCACCUUUACUUUCUUUCACCUCUCUUGAAAAAUUAGUGAUGCAUGUAUACACAAAUACACUAUUAAACACCAAGAACUCAAAAUGUA